AUGGAUUCAAGCACGUGGUUGGAGUGCUGGAAGUUGAUCGAUAAAUAUGCUGGUUGGUGUCAGAAUGGGCCUGGCGGAGUUGACGACAUCAGCAUAGACUAUGUUGAUCUCGUGCAUACAGCGAGCAGUUGUCAGAUAAGAGAGAAUAAAGUUCUAAACGAGGGCUCUGAGGCGAUGGAUUUGCCGCCUACGCCUCGAAGCAGUCGAGAUGGCUCGUCAAAGCCAUCACCGAAAGAAAAGGCGGUCCACACCUUUGACAGAAACGGGAACAACGUUGGUAGAAUCCUUGUAAACUCGACAGGAGCAGAAGAUGCAAUGGACGACGUAGGAAAGAUAACAGAGAAGCUUGUAGAUCGGCGUUCGGCGUCCAAUCCACACCCUGCUCAUGAAUUGCAUGGUAGAAAUAUAAGUGAAACACCAACGCAUGAUGGAGGUACCGCUAAGAGACUCCACCCGAAGCGUACGCCACGAGGUCAAGGCAGAAAGAGAACUGGUCUCGGUAAAGAAGAAACGGUGAAGAAGCCCGAGCGAAGACCGGCGAAAGAAAUUCCAGCAUACACAAACGCAGAGCAUCUGGCUAGAGGCUGGGUGUUCCAAGAUCGGACGGUUUUUGAGAGGAUGUCGGCGGCUGGACUGAGGGAACACAUUCGAUCCGUUGCAGAGCUCAAACCUUGGUGGAAUGGGUUGACUAGGAAAGCCACGAUUGACAAGAUUAUGGAAUGGCAAAUGGCCAUGCGGAUACGACUGGUACGGACAACGGAGCUAGUCGACCACGGAGGACGAUAG